UCUCUCUCCAAAAAAUAGAAGACCCUUGAGCCAAACCCCGGAGAAACCCUAGCAAAGCCGGUUCCUCCUCUCAGGCGCGGCGCAGCAUCCGCGACGAACGAUGGCCGGCUACCGCAGCCGGAGUCCGAGCCGGAGCUAUAGCCCUCGGAGGCGAUACAGCCGGAGCCCUCCUAGGCCCAAGCGCUACGACGACCCCCGCGACCGCUACCGCGUGGGUGGGGGCGGCGGAGGCGGAGCCCGGCGUGGGUACGGUCGGCCGUCGGCGCAGUCCGGUCUCCUCAUCCGCAACAUCUCCCUCACAGCCAGGCCAGAAGAUAUUCGUGUUCCGUUUGAGCAAUUCGGCCCUGUAAAAGAUGUCUACCUUCCAAGAAACUUCCACACCAGGGAACUUCGUGGUUUUGGAUUUGUUAAAUUUCGCUACCCUGAGGAUGCUGCGGUGGCCAAGCAAGAGAUGAAUCAUCAAAUUAUUGGUGGCCGAGAGAUUUCAAUAGUUUAUGCUGAAGAGAAUAGAAAAACACCCCAAGAAAUGCGCAUGAGAACAAGAAUAAGUGGUAGGUACAUAGACAGAAGGUACACAAGGCGAUCGCUAUCUAGAUCUCCAAGGUCUCAUUCCCACUCUUAUUCACCCUCACUAUCUCUGGCGAGGCAUGACUUCAGGGGCAGGGACAACCGUGACAAUUACUCGCCUGGGGGUUCAUACUCUCCUCGUCCUCGGAAUAACAGGCACUACAGAUCAGGUAGUCGAUCUCCAAGCCCAGAUGGGUGCAAACCUCAGAUGUCACCAAUCACCGAUGGGCAUGGUCCAGCUGCUGUAUCCAGCCCCAGAUAAUAUGGUGCCAUUUGGGAUGCUUUGGAAUGGAGGUGGGAGGAUGGAAACUGCAGACGCCUUCGUUUGAUCAAUCUUCCCUAGAAGAGAUCAGUAGGUUUUUAGUAAAACAUGCUUGUAUGGGUGAUGCUUUCGGUUGACACAAACAACAGUUUCUUUUGUGAUGCAGCUUUUGUGCUUUUCAAACUGAUGUUACCGCGAUGGAA